AUGGAGCCAACACAAAUGACCACAGGCGCUUCAAGAAGAACGUGCAGUGCAAGACUACCACCGAAGAGCAGAACACUGAGGCCUGUCACCUCACAGCCACCCAUUUUGACAGACUCAGAGUGGUAUGGUCUGAGUGCAGAGGAACAAUUGGCCUGGGCUAAGAGUACUCAAGACCCCCGGAUUGCAGUAGGUUCCUAUUCCCCACUAGAAAAGAAAAUUAAGAGUUUAGGUGGCACCCAUUCUUCACGAGUGAGAAAACUGUUAGUCCAGGAGUUCCAACAGGAGAGUGAAACAGUUGAUAAACUUAAGACCAUGUCUUUUGACUUACGGUUUGCUAAAGCAGAUGCCUUGCACAAUCGACGCCAACGCAUGAUCAGAGAAGCAUGGAAUUACAAACCAAGUCCAGAGUGUGACGCCGACCCAGAGGCGGAGAAGACAACCAGAAGCAAAACACCAGACAAUGCUAAAAAGUGGGACUAUCUAGUGCCUGAGAGAGAAAUUUAUCACAUAGAAAAACACAUACUCAGAGCUGAACGGGCUAGAGGCCUCAGAGACCACAAAUACCGACUACUCCCUCAGAGAAUUCAAAGUGAAACACUUUACCCACCAAUGCCAAAGAACAAAACGAAUAAAAAUGUCCAGAAAACACAUAAAACUGUACCCCAAAGGCCUAAGAAAGCAUGGUCAAAGGAAGAGAUGACGCAACAUAAAGACCGAAUGAUUAGAGGGAGAGAGCUCACAGAGCAGAAAAAUAUCCAAAGAAAGACUCAAAGCUUCACCAGCCAUGAUCACCCUCGCUCAAAACCUCAAGUGAUGACAGAGGAAGAGAAAGAGUUUGAAAAAGUCACAGCUUAUCCUCUCUUCCAGCCUUCCCGGAAAAAAAUUAUCAAAGUAACUAUUUUGAUGGAAAAGUCGAACAUGGAUGAAGCACAAAAACCACCCGAAAGGGAACGCCUGAAAAUGCCACCAUUUAUGAAAAGCCAACUAGAAAAGAAAAGGCUUAAACUACUUUAUUGA